CUCAGGGGCUUUAUCGAUGCUAUGGGCCGCCGUAAAUGAGUCACACAGUUAUUCAUCGGUGUGGUUUUUAAAAAUUCUCGCCUAGGGGAACUUUUGAAGCAUUCCCGCACAAUUAUUCAACGAUCGCGAUAUCGUCGCGAUGCACUUUCUAUUAAGAUCUGACCAAUCAGCGUCGAGGAUUCCGUUCCAUGCCCUUACACUCCCACUUUCCACCACAAUUCCACAUGGCACAAAAACACGCACGAUUUGAAAGCUGCUGAAUUGACGAGUUCAGAGAUUUUUUAGUCAGAUUUAUGCUCUAAUUACGCAGUCGGAGAUCAACCAUGAGUAAAAGCAGCAAUGCCAGUUGUGCGACCAGUGGCAAAAUGAGUCAGGAGAUUCGGCUGCAGGCUUUAAAAUCCGAGCCCGAAUUGGAAGGGCUGAACGGCUAUUUGGCCAGCGCGAGUUACUUGAGCGGCGAGGUUCCCACCAAAAUUGAUCGGGUUGUGUUUGAGGCCCUGCAAAAUCCUCCCAACCCUGACAAAGUCCACCUUUCAAGAUGGUAUAAGCACAUAGCAAGUUUCAGUGCUGAGGCGCGGUCAGACUUCACGGGGGUCAACUGUGACCUGACCGGAAUCUCCGUGGCUCUAGGAAAAUUGGAGCUUCCUAAAAGUGUUUGCUCAACUGAAGCUGCGCCAAAGAAAAAGGGAAAAGGAGAGGACAAGGUUAAUUUGAAGACUGCAAAGGGCACCAGGGACUAUGGUCCCCAGCAGAUGGCCCUCAGGACUGACGUCCUUGAGAAGAUUGUCAAAUGCUUCCACAGACACGGAGCCGAAACCAUCGACACACCAGUAUUUGAAUUGAAGGAUGUUUUGACUGGCAAAUACGGAGAGGACUCAAAACUGAUUUACGACCUGGCCGAUCAGGGUGGCGAAAUUUUGUCGCUCCGCUACGACCUGACCGUCCCAUUUGCCCGCUACGUUGCUAUGAAUAAAAUUAGCACAAUCAAGAGGUACCAGAUUGCCAAAGUUUACAGACGAGAUAACCCCGCCAUGACAAGGGGCAGAUACAGAGAAUUUGUACAAUGUGAUUUUGACAUUGCUGGUACGUACGACCCUAUGUUGCCAGACAUUGAGUGUGUCAAGGUUGUGUGUGAAAUUCUUGAGGCCCUGGACCUGGGAUCCUUUACUGUCAAAGUGAACCACCGAAGACUGCUGGACGGUCUUUUCGAAGCUUGUGGAGUCCCUGAGGAAAAGUUCAGGACUAUUUGCUCGGCAGUUGAUAAGCUUGACAAAUGCACCUGGCAAGCAGUAAGAGAAGAAAUGGUUGGAGAGAAGGGUCUUUCAAACGAAGCUGCUGACCUUAUUGGACAGUAUGUUAAGCUCAGUGGUGGCUUAGAACUGGUGGAGAAACUCCAAGGUGACAGCCGGCUGAAAAAUUCCAAGGCGGCAGGAGAGGGUCUGGAAGCAAUGAAGCUAUUCCUGCACUACUGCAAUCUGUAUGAGCUGACUGACAAAGUAAAACUUGAUCUGAGUUUGGCACGAGGGCUCGACUACUACACUGGAAUCAUUUACGAAGCCAUUCUCCAAGAAAAAGCUGGUGAGGAGUCUGUUGGCAGUGUGGCGGGUGGAGGUCGCUACGAUGAACUCGUUGGCAUGUUUGACCCAAAAGGUCGCAAAGUGCCUUGUGUUGGAGUCAGCAUUGGCGUGGAAAGAAUUUUUUCUCUGUUGGAGGCGAAAAAGCGUGAUCAAGGCAUCAGGUCUUCACCAAUUGACGUUUACGUCGCCUCUGCCCAGAAGGGGCUUUUGGAAGAGAGGAUGAAGAUUUGCACCAUGCUAUGGAAAGCAGGAAUUAAGACGGAGCAGUCUUACCGCGCAAACCCAAAACUGCUACCACAAUUGCAGCACUGCGAGCAAAACAAAAUUCCACUGGCCGUUUUGCUGGGCGAGAGCGAAUUGGAGCGAGGCGUCGUCAAAGUUCGGAUCGUCGAGACGAGAGAAGAAACGGAAGUGCCGCGCGACCAACUGUCCUCUGUGCUUUUGGAGAAACUUGCCAAACUGAACUGAUUCCGUCAAACCUCUCCUUUUAUACAUCCAGCCAGCAUAAUUAGUUUUUUGAAUAAUAACAAUUAUUUCUGCUUACGCAACAAUAAACAAAACAAUAGAUGUUUUGCAA